AUGGGGAAGUUCGACCAUAUCGCCGAAUUGACCGGCUCAGAUAAUUUUCCAAGUUGGAGACAAGCCGUCGAAUUGGCUCUAGCUGGAGAAGGGCUCUGGAAUCACUGUAGCACGGGCACCAAUCCUCAUGAUGUUGCAGAAUUCGCCAGUGUGUUGCCCACAGCUGCUACUGCAGGCCAGCCCACAGCGGCAGAACUCGUGCUCAUGAAAGACUGGAUUAAAGAGGAUGCUCAGGCAAAGGCGAUAAUCGGGAGAAGACUCUCACCUGUCGUUCAAAGUAUUCUCGGCGAGAAAUUGACGGCUCGUCAGCAAUGGGAGUUGCUCACGAAGCGCUUCGCCCGUCUCGACGUCACCUCACAGUAUGAACUCCGUUCUCAGCUCUUCUCCGAGAGACUCAAAGACCCCGAUGACGCCCCCCGCUAUCUUGGAGUAUUCGAAAAUGGACGUCGUAGGUUCGCUGAGAUGGGGGUGACCUUCAUGGAUGGGGAGAGCAUUUUCAUGUUGCUCAGCGGGCUUCCUGAGACACCACAGUGGGUGGUCUUCCGUAGCCUUGCGAUGGCGAAAAUGUCGUCAGUCUCCACAACAUCCAGCACAACCACAGCUCCUGCGACUCUCACGUUCGAGGACAUAGCCACAUCCUUCACUGAAGAGGCAAAUCGUCAGCACGGAAAACUGAGAAUGAAUGCACGCCCUGGGUCAGAAUACGCCAAUGCAGCCACCAUUCCCCAGAACUCAAAUGAAAGACGAGUGAACACCUCUACUGGAGUGCGUAUUCACAAGAACAAUCCAAAAGGGGUUGCUUGUGAAAACACUGCUUGCUCUGGACUCCCUCGCUCACUAAUGCACGACCUCAACCACUGCAUGCAAGCUGGGGGUGGAAUGGAGGGCAAGGCCCCUUGGGCUCAAUGGGGAGAUCGUGCAGGCGGGAAACGCAAAGACGUAGCAGCCGUGUCCGUAGAACCAAAGUCCUCGGCAACUUCCUCCACCACAGAGACAUCAGCACUUGCUGCUUCAGAAACAGCCACUCACCAUCACGAAUGGUCUUGCGCGCUCAUCAAGGCAGUCGAAGAAGAAUCACUGCCAAGGGAGGAAGACUUAGCUUGCAUUGCCAAGCAAGUACUGUCGACCAUCCUGGACUCCGGGACAACGUCGACGCUCAUCACUGACAGAAGCCUCUUCUGGACCUACAGUACGAGCGACAAAGUCACCGUGAAGACUGCGAAUCAUGGGAGAUUAGCCACCUCUGGGAGAGGAGAUUGCGUUGUGGAACUUACCAUCGGAGGACGCACACAAUGUCUACGGUUGAGCGAAUGCCUCCACGCACCGGGAGCGAUGAUUAACUUGCUAUCUGUGGGACGCAUGAUCAGUAAGGGAUGGGCAUGUAACCACAUAUUGCAGUAA